AGACAGAAUCAACAUCAACUACAGAUGAAGAAAAAGACCCACCGAACAGAGAUCAGAGGAAGAGAAGAGACAGAAGUCAUGUCCAAAGUGUGGACAGCUCUCGCAUGUCAGAAAGUGAGUGUGACUCUGAUAUUAGAAAAAAUCCCAAGAAGGCAGCUUUGGUUAAGAAACGCAAGCAAUCUACAAAAGAAGAGAGACUUUCGUCUUUCAAAUCUGUUGAGAGCUCAAGAAUAAUUAGUAAGAUCUCUGACAACAUGGAAACUGGGUCUGAUGAAAGAUGUUGUAUCUGUAAAGAAUGUGGUAAACGCUUUUGUAACAAAUCUCUGUUCAGAAUUCACGUGAGAAUCCAUGCAGAAAAUAAGCGAUUUUCUUGCAAAGAAUGUGAUAAAAGUUUUAAUUACACAUCUAACCUCAAAAAACAUAUGAGAACUCACACAGGAGAAAAGCCUUUUUCUUGUAAACAAUGUAAAAAACGUUUUAAUCAAAUAUCUCAUCUCAAAACACACAUGAGAACUCACACAGGAGAGAAGCCUUUUUCUUGUAAAGAAUGUAAAAGAUGUUUUAAUCAAAUAUCACAUCUCGAGAGACACAUUAGAAGUCACACAGGAGAAAAACCUUUUUCUUGUAAAGAAUGUGAUAAAGAUUUUGGUGAUAUAUCUAAUCUCCAAACACACAUGAGAAGUCACACAGGCGAAAAGCCUUUUCCUUGUAAAGAAUGUCAGAAAAGUUUUGCUCAAAUAUCUAGUCUCAAAACACACAUGAGAAUUCAUACAGGAGAGAAGCCUUUUACUUGUGAAGAAUGUGACAAACGUUUUAGUACUGUAUCUAGCCUCAAAACACACAUGAGAACUCACACUGGAGAAAAGCCUUUUUCUUGUAAAGAAUGUAAAAAACGUUUUCGUCAAUUAUCUAAUCUCCAAGCACACAUGAGAAGUCACACAGGAGAGAAGAAUUUUUCUUGUAAGUGAUGUAAUUCAAGUUUUAGUCAGUAUCUGGUCUCAACGGAAACAGGAGAACUCCCAAACUUUUUCUUGACAAUGUAAGAAAUUAUUUAGUGUAAACUCUUAAUUCUAAACUUCUCCAUCUAAACUUCUGAUAAGAGGUUGAAGACUUUAUUUUACGGGUGGGGGGUGGGUUCUGUAAAGACUCCCUCGCCUUAAUGACUCUUCUUGCAAGGACAGUAAUUUUGUUCAAGUGGAAAUCACUACACUCUCCAUCAUCUUCGCAGUAGCUCAAGGAUCUUCUGUUCUUCCUCAAGUUGGAAAAGAUAAGAAUGACAGUGGUCGAUUUGAAGAAAGGUGCCGUCCAUUAUUCCAAAUGGUACAGCAGGUACAAUUUUAUUCUUUUCCAGACUAAAUCACUUGUUCUGGGGGCUACCCUUUCUCUGGUUUUAUUUCAUGCAAAUGGAUACUUUUUGCUUGCCGUAAUUUAUUUUACUCCUCUGAGAAAUCUGGACAUGUGUUAUGCUACAAUUUUUGAAACCUAUUAGAUUUCCUUUAAUAGAGAGGGUUGGUGCAGUUUUUUGUCUUUUUAUUAUUAUUAUUAUUUUGUUCUGGUUUUUUUUGUUGUCGUUGUUUUCAGCUCUUUUAUUUAUUUAUUUAAAGAAAUGAGUUUGUGCAAAAGUACCUUUAUUUCAACUGAUAUUUGUGAUUUGGUGGAGAUUUUGUACAAUUUCUACAUAAACCAAUUAUAGUUUGGAAAAAAAGUAAGACUUUUUCACAAAAGCAAUUAUUUUAGAUGUACCUAUAAAUAGAAAAGAGUUUUUUUUAAUUAUUAGAGCUAAACAUAGAAUGGCUUUAUCAUGGUUGUAAUCCAUGCUAAUACGAUGUACAUGUUGUCUAUGUGUGUGUUACCAUGACAAUAUUUGAAAUAUGUUCUUUACAUCUUUAAAUCAAACACUUUUUAUGUGAUCAAUGAACAUUUCAGUAAUAUUUAAAACAAUGUAUUGACUGCAGUCUAAACUUUGUUAGGUCAAGUAACCAUUUAUGGGUAUUGUUAAGAUUUUAUCUAUGAAACUCCUCCUAUCGAUCUCCUGCUUUUCAAUCCUGUAUUCUUAUCUGUAUUCUUAUUGAUACUGUAGCGACCUGGGGGUUAGCCCCGCCUUCAGCCCCUAAGACUCAUGGGAAGUGGGGAGUCUUGGUGUGAAAACCUUGAGUGAGAGGGCUGGAAGCAGAAGUGACGUCCAUGCUGUUUGGGCUGUUUCUGUGUGCUUGAAUAAUCAGGCUUGAUGUCAAAAAGGAAGCUCUGGAUCUCUGCCUGUUUGUUUUUCCUCUCUGAGUUUGUCUGGGGUCAUGCGCUGUAUGGGGCAUGGACAGGUCUCCAAGGAAGCCACUUUGUUAGCAGCUUGACAUUUGCUUCGGGCUGGGUUGUACAAAACUUUUCUGUGUCAAAGCAAGGGUGGGGAAGACAAACAACAAACUUUGUACAUGAAAGCUCUUUAUUUUAGAACAAUGUAAAAUAUAAUUUAUUAAUGUUUCGUUUUUUGCAACACUGAAAUUAAAUCUUCUUAGUUAUUACAUACACAUUAAGGUAACAACUUAGAUAAACAGUGCAGUAAAGAAUCAUAGAUAUCAAAUGGUGUCCUCAUUGCAAAUAAUAUCUGUGAAAAUAAAAAUGCACAAUGUUGUAUUUUAAUUAAUUUUACAUCAUGUGCUGGGUAAGUUAUUAUUAUUAAGAGACAAUAUGAUCUGUUAGCCUAUUCAUAUUAAAUGAUCAUCGUUUUUUACAGUGCUGGUAGUCGUAUUCAUUUACUCUCCUUUUUUAUUCUUGACGUCCAAGGUCGCUGACCCGUGAUCUUUAUAAAUAUAGCAGAUUGUAUGUCAGGGUUUUGACUUUUCCCUAACAAAUAAAAGAACCACACAGGAGAGGAGAAUUUUUGUUAGACUUCUGCAGAAGGAGAAGCCCGUCUGUCACAGCGCAAAGCUGUCACAGAGGAGUUCUGCCUUCACAGUGCAUCCAGUCUAUAUUAUUGGAGGCCGGGGUUGAUAACAUAAAAGUGGGUCAUUCAAUCAGGCAGUACAGGAACAUCAUAUCUUGUAUAGUCAGAACUUUUCAUGUCUAUGUUCUUACUGCAGACUGGUAGAACUGAGACAUUCAUAUUAUGGUGAUAAUAACGUGUAAGCAAAUGAUAAUUUCGUAACCCUAACAGUGUAGUAAAAAGGCAAUUUGGGAAAAUUUGGGAUUUUGAUCUCCUGUUUCAAAUGAUGGUGAUUUAAUACCUAUAAUUCAUACCAUUCCAGAGAAAAGGCAUACCUAUAUGAACUGUGUACACACAUAAUAUAGUAAAAAGCAAGAAUCAUUUCUGUCUGGUGUUCUUGUGAUUCAUGUUUUCUAGUAGACAUUAGAACUGUUCCUCUGUUCUUUUUAGUUCUGUUCUGUUCCAAUCUUAUCUGUGAAGAAUAAAGUGGACGUGAACAUCA